AGAGGGAGGGAGGAGCGUAGCUGCGCUGAAGCCGAGCCCCUCUAUGCCUCAGCACGCAGAGUGGAGCAGACGGCAGCAGCCACACAAACACACUCCACACACCACCACCACCACUGCCGCCACCACCACACACACACACGCACACACAUAGUGACGGCUGCCAGGCGCAGUGGGAAGCAAGCCGUCAGGGAGAGCUUGAGAAGAAAGAGGGGGAUCACAGAGGGGAAGAGAAGAAAAGAGUUGGAGGAGGAACCUUGUGGAUCAGAAGGGAUUUUCCUCUGUGUGAGUGCGUGUCUAGAUAGGACUAUCUGCUUCUUCCUGAGCGAGAGGAGUUUUUACGGAGGCUUUUUCUUUUUUGCUCAUCCUCCACGCCGGGCUUCAGCGAUAUCUACCUAUCUAUCCCCGGAGCUUAACAAAAGAGGGAGGGAGUGUGAGAGAGAGAGUGAGAAGAAAGGCACUCACAGCUUCAGCUCCAGACCACCCUCUCUCCUCCUCAUCGUCCUCCUCUCCUCUCUUUCUCGCUCCACAUCCAUGUGUGAGUUAAUCACUGAUUUCACUGUCUAUUGAGGAUAGAAGCAGAGGACAGCGUGUGUUCCCCAGGAUACAGCCGAGCUCCCGGUGGGAUCUGGGUCUCGUCUGGUGUGAGAGAGAGAGAGAGAGAGGGAGCAAGAACGAGACAGGGAAACGGAUUCACAAGAAGAGAGAAAGAGAGAGACAAGAGUAAGAGACGCUGGAACGCAAAUUGAGGGGCAUGUUCAGGGCAGCAGAGAGAGUCUGAUUUUUAGAGCCGAGUGCAAGGAACCGGCAACCGGAUCCCAUCCAUCCCUCCCUCCUCAUCCUCUUCUUCUUCUUCUUCCCUCUCCCUUUACCCUCUCUCUGUCCUGCUCUUCAAUUCCCCCUAUUGUUUCCUGUGUUGCCUCCUGCUAUCCUACCCUCCUAUCUUCCUUUCCUCACCUCCUUCUCCCCCAACCCCUUUUUUGCUGCCACUCCGGAUUCUCUCUACCUCUCUUUCCAGACCUGUCUCUCUUUGUGAGGUUCCCCGUGAGCUCCCAGACAAGUAGACAGACUGAAAUCCCAAGUACUAUCUGUUCCUCCUAUCCCUCCAUUGCUCUGUGCGUUUAUCACACACACACACACACACACACACGUACACACACACACACACGCACACACACACACACACACACACACACACACACACACACACACACACACAGCUCAGUAAGAGGAGAAGCUUCUCUCUCUGCAUCCUCCACUUUCGGACACAGCCGUCUGAAGGAUCCAGGCCAGCCCCUCUGAGUGAUUGUACCCCACCUGCGAGCUUCUAUCUCCAGCCUCCAGGACCUUCAAUUGGAUUCCAGCUACAUGGGAAAACGUUUGGAGCAGCAGCCAAUGUACCCCCACUGCACCUACUACUACCCCCACUAUCUCCAGACCAAGCAGUCCUAUGCUCCUCCCCCUCCGCCCAUGGCUCCGCCCAGCCCUGGCACCACAGGAGGAGGAGGUGGUGGUGGUGGAGGAGGAGGUCAUGGAGGAGGGCUAGUGGAGCAGCUUAGUAAGACCAACCUGUACAUCAGAGGCCUUCCGCCUGCCACCACCGACCAGGACCUCAUCAAACUCUGCCAGCCAUAUGGGAAGAUUGUGUCAACAAAGGCGAUCCUGGACAAGAACACCAACCAAUGCAAAGGCUAUGGCUUUGUGGACUUUGACAGCCCUGCUGCAGCCCAGAAGGCUGUGGCCUCACUCAAAGCCAGCGGAGUCCAGGCACAGAUGGCGAAGCAACAGGAGCAGGACCCCACCAACCUUUACAUCUCGAACCUGCCACUGUCCAUGGAUGAGCAGGAGCUGGAGAACAUGCUGAAGCCCUUUGGUCAUGUCAUUUCCACGCGGAUACUGAGGGACGCCAAUGGCCUGAGCAGAGGAGUCGGCUUUGCUAGGAUGGAGUCGACAGAGAAGUGCGAUGUGGUGAUUCAGAAUUUCAACGGGAAAUUCUUGAAAACCCCUCCAGGCAUGACAGCCCCUGCAGAGCCGUUGCUGUGCAAGUUUGCUGACGGAGGCCAGAAGAAGAGGCAGACCCAGGUCAAGUAUCCCCAGAAUGGCCGACCGUGGACACGGGAUGGAGAGAGUGGUAUGGCGUUGACGUAUGAUCCCACAGCGAUGCAGAAUGGGUUCUACUCUUCUCCAUACAGCAUCUCCACCAAUCGGAUGAUUGCACAGACGUCAAUCACACCCUUCAUCGCUGCCUCUCCCGUCUCCACAUAUCAGGUUCAGAGUACAUCUUGGAUGCCACAUCAACAGUAUGUUAUGCAACCUACAGGUGCUGUGAUCACCCCAGCAACGGCUCUAGAGCCCAGUUUGUCUCUUCACCCCUCCAGUGUAAUGGCUCCUCUCACCCAGCAGAUGAACCACCUGUCUCUGGGCACCACAGGCACCUACAUGCCUGCUGCAGCAGCUGGUCCUAUGCAAGGAACCUACAUUCCCCAGUACACUGCAGUGCCUAAAGCUUCAUAUCUGACUUGUUUCUGGUGUCAGGGCAUGGUGACAGACCCAUCUUCGCAGACAGCCGCCCCCUCCUCCCAGGACGCCAGCGGGCAGCAGCCUUUAACAGUGGAGAAUACAGGAGAUCAUGCCACAGCCUACUCUUACCAGCAGUCGAAGUGA